GGCUAUGUUGGUUACACUGAAUACUUAGAUAUAUCUAUUUUGUGAAAUAUUCUGUUUUACAGAAUACUCUGAGAAAUUUAUAAAGAAUAGUUUUAGAAAUAGAUCAAUAUUUUAAAAUUUGGUUCUUUUAAUGCAGGAUCAAUUUGCUGAAUGUGAUAAAUUAAGUUUCCAUUUUGAGUCAAUACCUAUGCAGCAAUCAUUUGUCAUAUAUAUGUCAUGUAAGAGUUUGCCGAUGUAUGUGAUAUUUCUAGCAAAAAGUGUUUUGCCUUUAAUUAUACAGAGUCUAGAAUUUUUCCAGAAUUUCUUACCGUAAUUUAGAACUAUGUAUUCAGGAAGUGACUCAAAUGAAUCCCAAAAGUAUGCCCAGUGGGCCCUCAACCCAGCAUCUUUUCAAAAUGUUCCCGGUGAACAAGUCGAUUGGGCAGCGCUAGCCCAGCAAUGGAUUAUAAUGAAAGAAGCAGGUCCUCCUCCAAUGCCGGGAGAUCCACCUAUUGCUCAAAAAGGAAAAAGAAUCAGUACCGAAGGUGGAGAAGCUGAAAUGGAUGUAGAAAAUGAUAAAGAAGCACCUCCACCUCCUAUAUGGAGUUCAAAUGAGGUACCUCCCCCGCCAAGUAUAGAUACAUGGAAUUGGAGUGCUCAAAAUCCAUCUUGGAAUUGGAGUAAUAAUUGGGCACCUCCUGUACCUCCUCCUGCACCAAGUAUUAGUGGAGUGAAAGCCCCACUAUUGCCUACACCUAAUAAUUCUUAUGUUGAACCUAUUGAAAGCACUAGUGAUAAUGCUACACCUUUUGGAAGUCAUACAAAUUCCAACAGUCCCCAUUAUUGGAACAACACUUCAACUUCACCUACAAAACAUAUUAAACCUCACAACAAAAGAUAUAGUAAAGUAAAUGUACCUAUAAGAGCACCAGCUCCAAUCGCUCCAUCGGCAAUUCCAGUUGACACAACAGUAGUAUCAGGAACAACUUUAGACAAUGCCAAAAGGAAACAACUACCAGCUUGGAUAAGAGAAGGUUUAGAAAAAAUGGAAAAGGAUAAAUUGAAACAGAUGGAAAAACAAAAAGAAAAAGAAGAAAGGGAGUCUUAUUUGGAAAAUUCCAAACCAAAUAAAGAGACAAUUGAAAUAUUGAAGUCUACAAUGAAAGAACGACAAAAAAGUAGAUUUGAUAGUGAUGGUGAAAAUUCUGAAGAAGAUACCAAAGUGAAAAAGCAACAAAAGAGCUCAGAACCAGCACCUUUGUCCCAUGAUGAAUUGAUGCUAAAAGUAAGACAUACUAUGACAGAAAUCUUAUUAAGUGUAACUAAUCGGCAUAUAGAAUCUGUAUGUAGAGAGGAAUUGCAACGUUUUAUGAAAAAUCGAAAAGCCUCCCAAGCAGCAUCAGCACCCAGCGGUGCCAUGAUUAGAAGCCGACUUGGGUUGGGUAUUUACGGAGAUGAUGAUUCUGGAACUAGUUCAGGUGAUGAUACUGAUGAAGAUUUUCGCAGAAACUCUAGAAAUUCUGAUGACGAAUUAAAGGAUACAAUUAAAAGGAAAAUGGCAGAUUUCCAAAAAACUGAAAGGGAAAUAGAGAAUAGGUUAGAAGAUGCAGAAAGGCGCAAAGGAGGUAGCUUAAGUAGAUCACAAAGUCCGGAAUCCAACGAUAACGAAUCACAGGUAGACGCUCGAGAUCAAGACCGAAAGUAUUAUGAACAAGAUACCAGACAAAUAGCAUCUUCUCCGAAAUCGUACGAUAAACAAAAGGCUCGAUCGCAGUCGAGUUCGUCGCAAGAUAGCGACUAUUCUAAUAAUAGAUCGAAAAGUCGACGUUCUUCGUCGGAAGAAUCGAAAAAUUCAUACAAAAGAUCAAAAAAGAGAUCAUCUACUCCAAAAAAAAGACACAGUUCCACAUCUUCACAUUGGUCGAAAUCACCAUCGAGAAGAGAUUCUAAUAGCUCUAGAAGAGACUCCCGUAGAAGCAAGAAAAAAUCCUCAUCGAAAAGAACUAGAUCUAGGUCAUAUUCCAGAUCACGAAGAUCGAGAUCAUCUUCAUACAAAAGAUCAAAAAGGACACGUUCUAGAGAAAGAUCUAGAAGAUCAAAGAGUUCAUCGAGGAGUAGGUAUUCUAGAAGAUCACCUUCUAGUUCACGUUCAGAUAGAAGAAGGAGAAGAAGAUCAAGGUCAGAAAGUAGCAGCAGGGGUAAGAGAUCUCACAGGCAUUGAACAACUCUUGGAUCUUAAAAGGUGUUUUAUAAGGAGUUGGAGAUCAUACCUUGGUGAUAUAAAUAUGUAAAUUAUUUAAAAUUGCACUUUUAGCAUUGAUUAUUGAAUUAGUUUUAAGUCUUCCUUAUACAAAUGUGUAUGAGUUUGUUUCAUGAAAUUCUUUUAGGGCAAAAUCAGUUUUAUAUUGUAAUAUGGAUAUGUUUGAAUAUUUUUCUCCAAUACAAGGAAGUUCAGUCCAAAUUGUUUUUCGAAUUACUUCAAGUUGAAAUUUAAUAACAGAUAGCAGACUGCCUAAAACAAAUAUAAAUAAACUGACUAUUUAAUAUAAAGUGAGACAUUGUUCUGGUGACAAUUCAGGUAAUCUUGCAGGUCAAAGUAUACUACAGGUUCAAUAAGUUGACAUUCUAUUAGCAACCGGGUUAAUUAAAUAUGAAACACUAUGUUAAAAUGAACUUUGAUUGUGAAAGAAUGCAUUUCAAUUCUUUAGAAUAAAGAACUACAAUGUUAAAGAUGUUUGGCAAUUCAUAUUAAUAUUUUAACGCAAUAAAAUAAACAUUCUUUUACGAAUAGCCGGGUCCCAUGUUGUUGAACAAUAUCUCAGUCAUUUAGCUGAAAUAGAUAGCGAAUUUUACACAAUUUAUUUGAUGCCAAAAAAAAGAUUCAUGACACAAAUCAUUAAUUUUGAAUUUCAAAUUACAUAAUAUGUUCUUGAGUUGUUUUAAUUUUACGGGUAUACACCUUUUUUGUGUCACUAUAUUCGAGGUACACCUGAAUAGCAUUUCAAUUUUAUUGUGGUACGACGUGUGAUUAUUAAAUAAAGAGACUGGUACAUUGCUCCAUGCGAAUUUUUUAUUGUUCAAAAUAGUGCAGGAAGUCUUCUUCUGUCAGUUCCUUCAGGACGCUCAUAGCUUCUUCUUUCACGGCAAACUACUAACGAUCACUGCCCGCUCUGAUUAUUAUAAAUGAAAGGAGUUCAGGCUAUUAAUUGUUUUCUGUAACUUUUCAUUAACAAAAUUGAAUUGAAUUUUUAGAUCUAUGGCUGGCACUUUCAACAGUAAUUUAUUGAAGUUUAAAAUUAUGGAGAGUGUCCCUAUAAAAAUCCGACAAUUUUGUAACUUGACACUAUUUUUCCGCAUUGUACACAUAUUUUAAUAAAACAAAACACAUUUUACUUUUGAAAACUCGUUAACAACCGUAAGGACUAUUGAACACAUUCCUCCUUCUCCAUUCUUUUUUUGAAUAAUAUAGAUUGUUUUCCUCUAUGUAAAUUUGAUUAAUUGUAAUAUUGGUUGAUGUUUUUAUGUAAAAAGUAAGCACAAGGAGGUGAACCCCUAAAUGCAUUACGAAUUUUCAACUUUAUGUUUAACAUACCUUUUUAUCUCGAAUAUCUUAUCUAUUUGCGUAAUUAUUGGGGCUCAGUAGGCAAAAAAGAAUAAUUUUAGUUCACCAGUUAUGUGAAUUUAUAUAAAUAUUAGUUUUACAACGUAACAGUUACUGAGCUGAGAGAAGUUGUUUAACUAAAAAUUCAGGCCGAUUGGCACUUUACAUGUACUAGAUUUAUGAGCAGGUUUACUUUGAAGCUAAUAAAAGAAAAAUUUUGUAAUUACAUUUAUCAGAACUACAAAUUGAAAUAGUCACAUUUCUGCUUAAGUUUGGAACAUCUCAUUUUCAAAUAACUUAAAAUUUCUUUUUUAGAACAUAUAACAUGUUGGGUUGUUACUUUUGGAUUGAGCUUCUUGAAAUAAAAUACAGUGAUGUAGGAAAAAA